CAAGUGCGUAAGAUGAAUAAAUUCGCUGCAGUGCUUGCCAUAACGUUAGCCUCUCUGGCUGCCGUUUCGGCCCAGUGUCCACGGAUUAUCAACCGUGCCGGUUGGGGAGCUCGUGCGGCCAACACGCCCCAACUCCCGAAUCGUCCGGCACCAUGGGUCGUGAUGCAUCAUACCGCUGGAGCUCACUGCACCACGGAUGCCGCUUGUGCCCAACAGAUGCGUAACAUCCAAAAUUGGCACAUGAACGGCAACGGAUGGUCCGAUAUUGGCUACAAUUGGUGCAUCGGUGAAAACGGUGCCGCCUACGAAGGUCGCGGCUGGGGUCGCCAGGGUGCCCACGCUCCAGGAUACAAUGAUCGUUCCGUUGGUAUGUGCGUAAUGGGAACCUUCACGAAUGUCAUUCCAAAUGCUGCCGCUCGUAACGCCGCUCAACAGCUGAUUUCAUGCGGUGUGUCUCUCGGACAUAUUAGUGGAUCCUAUUGGCUUAUCGGUCAUCGUCAAGCCACGGCCACAGCCUGCCCAGGAAACGCUUUCUUCAAUGAAAUUCGCAGCUGGCCUCGGUUCAAUCCUAAUGUUUAGGAUUUUGUGAAAAUAAAGUUCUAAACUGUUCAGUUGAACUUAUAAAUAAACUCAGUUAUCCUUCUUUCAUGUUGAACGACAAAAGGUUUUAUUGAUUCAGAACAUUCAAUGGGAAUUACGGAAGCAAAGAUUA